GUCCUGUGUUUGAGCUGCAGAUCAGUGAGGGACUCAGGGACAAGGCUUCUGCGCAUGCGUGAAACUGCUCAGUAUACAGUGUGCGCACAGGAGCGGCUGGGUUCGGCGCCCGUUACGUCAUUACCCCUGCAAGAGAGGCUCAGAGACCCCGCGGGUCGGUUGCGAAUGGCGGUGAGUUACGUGCGUGAGGGAGACGGACGGUGAGGAGCUCACCCCUAGGGGUGCUGUUAGUCUGUGCUGGAUUCGCAGGAGCAUGUCAUUGGCAGAUCUCCCAGCCUCGCCAGCAUGAGCUUUGCCUGAUAUGCUGAGCACCUCGUAUCCCUACACCAAAUUAAUCUCCAUUUAGAUCUGCACCGCGGAUUUGCACCCAAUACCUGCACCCGUCAUAGCGUUGCAGUGCAGGAGCAAUAGCCACCCCAUAAUGGAUGAAGUUGCAACUUCUCAAUCCUCUGUGACCUAUGAAUCUGAAACCAACCUUGAGAACAUGGAGAGCAGUUCUCCUGCCUCCCCUUUUGAUGGAGACCAGAUUCAUGACGACUCCUUAAGGGCCAUUAAACCCACAAGCAAGGAAUUUAAGAAAACUUGGGGUUUCCGCAAGACCACGAUUGCUAAGCGUGAAGUUGCCUCCGACGCUGAUAUGGAGGAAUCCGGUAAUCAGGCGGGCCCCUCCCUUAGGCGCAGUGGGCGGCAGCCGAAACGCACAGAGAGGGUGGAGGAAUUCCUCACAACAGUCAGGAGGAAUAGAGGGAGGAAGAGCGCCCCCCUGGAAGAUUCAAGUGACCGAUCGUGCCCGGUCACCGACGCCGAAACUGCCUCUGAAGGAAGUGUAGAGAGCACCCCGGAUGUAAAGGGCGACAGCCAGAGUUCAGAUCCUAAGUACAAGAAUGAAUUGACUUGUAAGGCAGAAAUUAAGAAAGAAGAGGACGACAGUUCUGAUAGUGACGGCAUGACGUUAAAGGAGCUGCAGAAUAGACUGCGGAGCAGGCGCUCCGAUCAUACCAGCACCGCAAGUGUUCCAACUCAGGCUCUUGGCACACCCAAAAGUGAACCUGGCAGUACCGGAGAGUGUACAGUGCGCACUAGGAGCGCUAACCGUGCCGCUCUGCUGCAGCAGCAGACUCCUAUAAAGUCCCCAAUAAAGCAGGAACCAGAAAGCCCCCCUCCUUCAGAAGAGCAGAAGCAAGAGGAGACCAGCAUAUCCCCAAAACGUAGAUCCGAGACGGAAAUCUAUGAUCCAAAUGCACUUUACUGUAUAUGUCGCCAGAGGCAUAACAACAGGUUUAUGAUUUGCUGUGACAGAUGCGAGGAGUGGUUCCACGGAGACUGCGUGGGGAUUCCUGAAGCCCGGGGGCGACUCUUGGAAAGAAACGGAGAAGAUUAUAUCUGCCCCAACUGCACCAUCCAGCAGAGCCAAGCCGAGAGCGCAACCGAUAGCGAUCAGAAAGAGGAUCCCCAGUAUAAUAGUGAAAUGCGUAUUGAAACUGCGGAGAGCUCCGACGAUCAGGGAAUUAAAGGGAGAAUUGAGAAGAAAGCAGCACAUUCCAGUGGGAAAAAGAAACUGAAGAUUUUUCAUCCUGUGCCUCAAUCCACCGUAGUAUCAGAACCUCCACCCUUGUCUGGACCUUCAGAAGCGUCCGACUCCUCUGAGGUGGCCCGAUGCAUUGGCCCUGGGUGUUCCAACCUCGCCCUGCCAGAUUCUGUCUACUGUAGUCACGACUGCAUCCUGAAACAUGCAGCGGCUGCAAUGAAAUCCCUCAACGUGGCCAAAGACGUCAAGCCGAAAGAGAAGAUCAAGGUAAAAACAGAGAAGAGAAUCCAGCCCAAGCCCCAGGCAUCCGCCAAACCGCCGACGUCUCCAAUGGAGCCGGUUUCAGAGAGAAAAGAAUCUGUAGCAAAGAGAGUCCCAGAUAUGAACGUGAAGGUGGAAGCAGCCAAUGAGCCGAGGGCCGAGGGCAGCAGCACGCCUUCCUGGGAGAGUGACCAUAAUUACAUUGCAGUAAAGCCCGAAAAGACUGCUGCCAUAUCAUCUACACUAUUUUACAAAUCUGAAAAGGUAGAGGAAGUGGAAAAGAAGCCCGAAGUUCCUGCUUCUCCUCCGGCCAAAGCGUCCGUCCCUUGCCCUUACACCAGCAUGGUGAUGAAGCCAAUCUCCUCGCUCCCAAGGAUACCCAAGAAGGAUUCCCACUCCACAACCCCCAUCAAACCGCUGCCUAAACCUGCUGUUAGUUCCAAAAGCCCCAUACAGAACAAAGGGGUCCGUCAGCCCACUAAGCCUGCCGACUCCAAGCCGUCUCCUGUUCCCAAAAAGCCUCCGGCUCCAUCACUGCCUUCUGCACCGAGUCAGAAGAAAGCCAUUCCCUCCAAGUUGCCUUUGGGUCAGAAGAAGUCAGCUGCCCCCUCCCCAUCUACUAAAGUUGCAAUGGGAAACCCACCCCCAAGACCCACAGCCAACACCUCACAGCCUACGUCCAGCACCCCACAGUCUGCCCAGAGUUCCUCACACCCUGUGCCCAACAUGCAGAUCCGGCAGAACAUCCGGAGGUCUCUGAAACAGAUCUUAUGGAAGAGAGUCAUUGACAGCGAUGACCUGGUGAUGGUGGAGAACGAGGUUGCGAGGAUCGCCACAAAUAUCGAAAGGGAAAUGUUCAAUCUGUAUCGGGAUACGGACAGCAGGUACAAGGCCAAGUACCGCAACAUCAUGUUUAACCUCAAGGACCCAAAGAAUCAGGGUCUGUACCACCGAGUCCUCAAAGAAGAGAUUCCCUUGGCGAAGCUUGUGCGGCUAAAACCCGAGGAACUCGCGUCUAGAAAGUUAUCAUCGUGGAAAGAGACUGGAUCCAGAUCAGGUUUGGUCCUCAAAAGCAAGGCUCGGAUGGAGAAUAAAAUUCCUUCGAUGAAUCAAGCGGUUGACAUGGAGGAGUCCCCGCCGAUGUCCGAUACAGACACGGAGCAGCAGGAGCCGGCGCAGGCCCCGCCGGAGACUAAUACUUCGGUUCUUCCGGACAUAUUCAGCAGCAUGUUGAGCGACACUACGAGCCAGCAUCGUGCCCAUCUUUUCGACCUUAAGUGCAAGAUCUGUACAGGCCAGAUUCCUGCGGAUGAUGAGCCUCCCUAUAAGCGACCGAAAACCACCACUGCAGCUGCCAAGAAGCCCGACCUGAAUUCCAAGCCGGAGCCCAAAGAGGAGAGCAGCGUUAUACCCCCUCCCCCAGAACCAGCUGAAAAUACAGAGUCCAAUCCACCCAUGGAAAUCUGUGAUAAUGCAGAGAAUAUCCCAGAGGCAGCCCCAUUACCUGUGCCCUUACCCUCUGAAUCCCCUACUCUCCCCGACCCAAUAUAUUCCAGUCACGCCCCCGUGUACCCCUCUCCUGCUCCCGUCACCACUGUCACCGUAUCGGGCAGAGACCCUAGAACAGCCAUCAAGCGCCCUCUGACCGUCUCUUCCAACCCAGACAUCGGUGCAAGGUCUUCACGCGAGAACGAAGAGGCGCCGACGGAACCACCCAAGCCUCUUCUUCCUCAAGUCUUCUCUAUGCCCAAGUCUAUUCUCUCCAAGCCACUUCCCUCGGAGAGCCGAUACUUAGCGUCCGCAUCGCCAAACAUCAACUUGACAGAAAUGCGGCCACCCAAAGAAGGGGAUACGUCUCUCUUCCUCUCUCGUCUGAACCCCAUAUGGAAAGGAUUCAUAAACAUGCAGUCCGUGGCCAAGUUUGUCACUAAAGCCUACCCGGUGUCCGGCUCUGUGGAAUAUCUCAAUGAGGAUUUACCAGACACGAUCCACAUAGGCGGAAGGAUCUCUCCGAAGACCGUCUGGGAUUACGUUGGGAAGCUGAAGUCCUCUCAGUCAAAGGAGUUGUCGCUGAUCCGCUUCCAUCCGGCCACAGAAGAGGAGGAGGUGGCCUACAUAUCCCUAUACUCCUAUUUCAGCAGCCGCUGCCGAUUCGGAGUCGUAGCCAACAAUAACCGUCACGUCAAGGACCUGUAUCUGAUUCCACUCAGUGCCAAGGACCCAAUUCCCUCCAAACUGUUGCCCUUUGAUGGACCAGGGCUCGAAGCGACGCGUCCGAACCUCAUUUUGGGCCUUGUCAUUUGUCAGAGGAACAAGCGUCCAGUUACCAGCGAGACGGAAAAGUUGGAAGAUAAACGAACGAAAAGUGGAGGCCAGGAGGAUACGGAGGUGGGGAAUGUCACUAAAGGGGCUUUGUCGUCUCAGGCAGAAAAGAUGCCUCAUAAAUAUCAACCCUAUGCCGGCGAAUCUGUCAAAAGUACGGCUCCUCCAGGUUCCCCACCUCCUCUCCCAGAAGCACUUGCAAAAGUAGUUGCUCCAGUUAUCGCCCUCGGCAAAGCAGAAGGUGUCCUUCCUGUUCAUAGCGCAGUCCCCCACUCGCCUACGGCCGAAAGUGCCUCCUCCGCUUCUAAAGGUGCCACCCCACUGGAGCAUAUUCUUAAGACUCUCUUUGGUAAAUCAGACAAUAAAAAUGAUAACCCCAGUGCUCCGAAAGUAGAUCCUCCCAAGGACAAAGGGCUUGUUGGCCUUCCUCUGAUAGACCCCAUAGUACAGCAGUUUGGUCUGUUAUCCAAAGACAAAGCCAUAGAGGAGGAGGAUGAUAGGCCGUACGACCCUGAAGAAGAGUAUGAUCCAGAAAAGGCCUUUGGUACAACCAUGGUGACCAAUAAUGACAAACCUUACGAGCCAGAACAACCUUGUGAAAGCUUAGAAGAUGAUGAGGCCUACGAUCCUGAGGAUGAAACCAUAUUGGAAGAAGCGAAGGUUUCAGUAGAAGACCUGCCCAAUAGAAUGUCGGCUCUGAAUAAACUGAAACCUGAAAUGACCGCAGAAUACCUGCAAGGCAUCUCCGAUUCCUCAUCACUCGUAGAACAAAAGAAAAUGCUAGAAGAGUUAAAUAAACAAAUUGAAGAACAAAAGCGUCAGUUGGAGGAACAGGAGGAGGCGCUGAGACUACAAAGGGCGGCAGUUGGGGUGUCCAUGGCUCACUUCUCUGUGUCCGAUGCCCUGAUGUCGCCCCCUCCCAAAUCAUCGCUCCUAAAAAGUGAAUUAUUUCCGCAAGAGCCGGGCCCAAUAAAGAUAUUGUCUCCCUCGGUACCUGAGAAAGUGAUUCAUUCUAGCCGCGACCCAAGGCAGUCCAGAGAUCCUCGGCAAGCAUCAUCAAAGAUGGCGCAUCCAGAAAAUGAACCCCUUAACCAAACCCCACAUGAUGAAAAACACGUGCAGACACCUGAAGUCCAUACCACCGAUCAAGAUAGUUCAGUCAAGUUAGCCAGUGAAGAAAGUGCAAGCUCUGCAGCCCAUUUGAACCCAGCUGAGACAUAUCUGAAAGGUAACAAACCUGAAAUGGCGGCUUGGCACGUUCAGCAUGAAAACUCGCAGUCAGAAUCCCCCCAAGAGACCUUGGAAACGACAAGACCCUCCCGGAAAGUGUUGCUGCCAACUCCAGAAAUAAAUGCCCCCUUGCAACAGAACUUCAUUAAUGUGGGAAGUGGUAAUUUGCCUCUUUCACAUGAACGUGGUUGGGCUCCGGAGUCUCAGCCCUGCGACCCAGUGAGCGUUAGACCUCAGUUUCCUGGUCCAUCAGUCGUACACCCAGACAUGGCAUUGAAUUACGGGCCUCCCACUGACCACGCCUCCUUUGUAGAACAUAAAGACCCAGUUAAUACCCAAGUACCUCCGUUUGUAGAGCAAAUUAAACCGAUUGGUUUACAUGGGGAUGGGCAAUUUUUACAUCAGGACUCUAGGGCUGUUCCACCAUUUCCAGGUCCAGGACCUACCCAUAUGCCAUUUGAAAAUCAAGGGCCAGUGUUUAAUGAGCAAAGACCAAUACAAAUGCCCAGCCAUCUGGGACCCAGACAUUCCGCUCCUUUCACUGGUGAAAUUCGUCCCCUAAUCAUGGAUGGGCCAGGAGGACCCAUGUCUGAGAGAAUUGGGGAGCAAAGGGGACCUGUGCCAUUGUUGUCUGGACAGUUUGGACCUACUCCUCCUCAACCCUUAUUUGGCGAAAGAAUGCCCGGCCCACCUCCCUUUGCUCAAAGAGGCCAAUCGCCUCCAAUGUUUGAAAAACAAAUCGAUCCACAUUUAGAAAUACAGGAGCCCCAUUUUGGUGGCAUGGCUGGUGGUCCACCUAGGUUUGAUGGACCAAGAGGUCCAGGGCCAGCAAACUUUAUGGGAAUGAGAGGACAGCUGUUUAAUUUUGAUGGUCCAAGGAGACCGCCUCCACCUCAAUUUAAAUUCCACAGAGGAGGUCCAAGAAUAUCAGGACCAAAUCAUUUUGUUGGCCCUCGGGGACCUUUUCCAAAUGAACUAGAAGGCCCUAGAGGACCAGUACCCGGUCACUAUGGUGGAGCAAGAGGUCCUCCGCCCCAUCCAUUUGAGGAUCACGGAGCAAGUCCAUCACCCUUGUUUCAUAAUCAACAAGGUCCAGGUCCGCACCAGUUUGGAGGGCAAAGGGGACCUGCCCCAAUUAGGUUUUCAGAGCCAUCCCAACCUCGGCCUCUCCUUGAAAUACCAAUUAUUGCUCCGCCCCAUAGGGGGGAGAAUUGGGACAAAGCAGGGCCCCCAGGUUCCUUUCAGAAUUACUCUGAUCAAAGGCAAAACUCAGAGCAGCACUGGGAACCCAAUGAAUUGAGACAAAACAAGGACCACCGGAACCCUCCCUUCCCUGAAGGAAGGCCCAGGGAGCGCUACGAAGGGCGCAAUGAGAAAUUUGACCAGUCAGAACCUCAUCAGCCAGAUAAUAUGCAGGGUAGAGGGUUUGAAGAGCGGCGAAGGGAGGGAGACCCUGAGGGGCAGCGAGAUAGAGAGAGAGGCAGAAACUGGAACAGAGACAGAGAGAGAAAUUGGGACAAAAAUAGAGACUGGCAGAAAUCAAACGAAUCCAGUCGAGACUGGGACAAAAAUAGGGACCGAGAUGCAAAUAAAGAAAAAGAGUUGGAGAGGAACCGGGACCGUGAUAGAGAGAAGGAGAGGGAGCGAGAGAGGGACAGGGAGCGAGACAGGGUUAGGGAGAGAGAGCGUGACCGAGACAGGGAGAGAGAGCGGGCACGAGAGAGGGAAGGGUACAGGCGACGAGACCGGUCCAGAAGCCGAGAUCGAGAUAAAGACAGAGAGAGGGAUAGAGACCGAGACCGUGACAGAACCAGAGACAGAGAGAGAGGCAAAGACCGUGACUCCAAGAGCAAAGAGAGCAACAGAGACUCCAAAUCUGAUAAAUCCAAAGACUCUUCAGCAGCUUCUGCUCCCUCAACGUGACCAACGGCAUCUGGGUUUUUAUAGGGGGGUCCGACAGAACCGUGUACUUUCUGUAUAUAUUUGUAUAUAAUAAUAGUUUUAUUUUAUAAAGAGAAUAAGCCCCCGGAAUCGCUCCUGUUUGGGAUGAUUUUACACCGCGUUAGACCUUCCUCCCUGUACAUCCAUUGGCCUCUUCCUCCUCCGCAACCAACCGACUGUGGCUCCUCCCCCUAAGCCAAGAGAUCCGGCGAGUCUGCCGGCCGCACUGGAACAAUGGAGACACUGUAAAUGACUGAAACAUAAAUGUGUUGCAUUUCAUUGGUGACUCGUGUCAUGUGAUUAACUAUUAAUUGAUUUGGGGGGGUUUUGUUUGUUUUGGUGAGGGGGGGGAUCUAUUUCUCAGCCCACUGCAAAGUCUGUUGGACUGGUCAAAUGUUGAUAGAUUUCAUUUUCCCCGAGUGCAAUUGGGGGGUUGCAGGUGUCCCCAGUACUGACGUGGGGCCCCCCCGAGAGCAAGCCCUGUGCAGAGAUGUGCGGUUCCCCAACUGCUCGCACACAGGAGAAACCUGGAUCGCAGAGAUGUCGGCGGCACCGCAGACGUUUGUAUAAAUUGCAUUUUUACUGCAAAUUGUCACUGUACAUAAAAUCCGUAAUAAUGUUUUCUUUUUUCUAAGUAGAAUAAAUCUCUACAUCUA